AUGAGCGCAUUCGAUGCCUUGUUUGCAGAGCAGCGCAAGGUCAAGCGGCGGAAAGCAGAGGAGCGCGACGACGCAGCUUUCCCGCUAAAUCAUGCCACUGCAAUGGUGGUCGUCGAAUGCCCGAUGGGCUGUGGCAAGCGCAACCUCAGGCUCCAUCUCAUCAACAUCCAUCUGGAUCUCGACUGCGCCCGUCGCUUUGGCAGCGUGGCGAACGCAGCAGACAGUGAGGCUCAGGCCGCGGCCGAGGUCGGUUUGAACCAAAGCAGCAGACUUCCCGCCAAAAGGAAGGCCGAGCUCGACGAGACUGCCGGCUGCUUGGCAGGUGCUGCGGGGCUCCGAAUGGCUCCUCCGAUGACAGAUCUCGAUUUUGACCUGUCGAACAGCGCGGACGAGCUCUUGUGUUUGGUAGACGUUGAGCCAAAGGCUGCUGCGGAUGCAUUUUUCACAGUGAUCCGUCGCAAAGAGCCGCCAGUCAGGCCCGUCAUCGCAGCACCUCCGAAACAAGAAUUAUUGACAAAUCCACUGAAUAAUACUGUUGCUGCUGCUGCAGCGACACCUCGUCAAGUGAGCCACCACCCCAGCAAGAUCCAACAAUCCCUCUAUUCCUUCUUUGGAGGCGAGGAUCCGACCGUGCCAAAUUACUUUCAUUGCUCGUUCGCCGAUGUUGUCAAGCGACCCGCAACACCAUCGUCGACGUGGCCGGUGCCGAUCGGCGUCUUUCAGCGGAAAGCGCCAGCUGCGGCCAGCGUUGCUUGGCGAGUGGAAACAUCCUGGCGUGGGCGUCAGUCCUGUCUUGUGCUCACGACAGAUGUGCCAUCCCUCGCAAGAUUGAACGCACAAGGUGGCACAACAAGCGCUCAAACCGACGCGGACGACAACGCACAUGGCUCGCUAGCUGCCGGGCAAAACAUUCCGCUGCUCAAGAGUCACUUGCAAAAGUGCGUUCGAAGAGGCAAGGCCGACCUUGCCGGCAGAUCUGCGCGUCUCAUCUCCGAGAUUGACAUGAACCAGCUACUCCGCCGUCUGCCCAUUAUCAUGAUUGAGGACUCAAUUCUACACAGCAGCAUUGUUCCGCUGGUCUGGCUGAUGGCCGCGUACUCGAAAGGUUACCGGCCUGCUCCCGAAAUCCAAGCAUUUGUUGUGAGCAUUGCCGCUGCAGUGGCCGCGUGUCCCAUCCGGGACGUCAUGGCACCUGCGGACUCGGAGGUGGUAGUGAACUUUGGGGCGAUCGCCAAGCUGGAAAAUCCGCACCAUCGAGCAAUCCUCUACAGCCUGCAGUUUCGAAAGGCCUUUGGUGGGAUGGCCGGCGACAUGCGCCUGCUCGAUGCAUUCACAUUGGCGUUUCUGGAGCGAUUCCAGCAAUCGACUCUUCCGCCGCAGGGUGCGCCUCAAUCCACCAUAGCAGAGUCAACAUGGCUGCAAUCUUGCGCCGACCGGUCGGUUGCCAUGAACUUUCCGCUUCCGGUGGCGAAAUUGGACCAAGCACGGCUGUCGUACGCCGAGUGGGAUUUGGCGGCGGUCGAUUUUCACGUGUCCAAUGUGGGGAACUUGAUGCUGCAGCGUCUGGAAGGAAUCGCGUCCAAUUCCGCACAUCCGCAAUCGCAGUACGCACGCUACCUGGCGGGUGUGCUGACAAGGGAUCCCGCCCUGCUGUCAAGCAUCAUCUGGGAGCAGAGCUCGUCCACCACCAACAAGACUGUUGCGUUGUUUGCCACUGGUCUCGACGAUCGGCGACCCAGCUAUGCGGCGGAAUGGCAGCUUCUUGGGCCGUUGUUUCUCUCGAGUGCCAGUCAAAUCCUUGCGCAAAAGUCGCGUUCUGGCCUUGUUUAA